AUGAAUCUCUCACUUGUUGAUCCAUUUAUUUUGGCUCAGGAAUACCCAGAUACCCUAACAGAAAAGCUUCAGAGUGGUCACGCCAGCUGCCUCCGAUUCAACCAUACCGGCGAUUUCCUAGCCUCAGGUCGGGUUGACGGAACAGUUGUCAUAUUUGAUAUCGAAACCAAUGGCGUUGCGCUCAAGCUACAAGGUCACACGCGCCAGAUCCAAUCCCUUAGCUGGUCGAGAGAUGGACGAUAUCUGCUUACCUCGUCCCAGGACUGGAAAUGCAUCCUAUGGGAUCUCAAGGACGGCUCGCGACUGCGCACAGUAAGAUUUGAAGCGCCGGUCUACAUUGCUGAAUUGCACCCGUUUAACCAUCUCCUCUUCGUCGCAUCUCUCUUUGAAGAUCAACCCGUCCUCGUCGAUAUAUCCUCCCCGAAAGCCAUCAAACGAAUUCUCCCAUCCGCCCCUCUACGCCCUCAGGCUCCGAACGGCGAAGAACUCACGCCCGAAGCAGCUGCCAAACAAGCCGCGCAAGAUGCGAAGCAUUCAACCUGCGUGAGCAUAUUCACGGCAUUGGGGAACCAUGUAAUCUCCGGCACAUCGAAAGGCUGGAUCAACAUCAUCGAAACCGAAACCUGCACCACAAUCCACUCCUCCCGGCUCUGUAACGGCGUCGUUAUCCUCAUCCGCCUCUCUAAGAACGGCAAAGACCUCCUCAUCAAUAGCUCCGACCGAAUCAUCCGCACCGUCGUAAUGCCCGACCUCUCCCAGCUCGGCAUGGGCCUUGAACCCGCCAAUAUCAAGCUCCAAAUCGAGCAUAAAUUCCAAGACGUCGUCAACCGACUCAGCUGGAACCACGUCACGUUCUCCUCAACCGGCGAAUUCGUCACUGCAACAACGUACAUGAACCCGGACAUCUACGUCUGGGAGCGCAGCCACGGAUCCCUCGCCAAAAUCCUCGAGGGAGCCCGCGAAGAGCUCGGCGUGGUAGAAUGGCACCCGACGCGACCCCUCGUAGUUGCCUGCGGGCUGGAAAGUGGCGCCAUCUACGAAUGGUUCAUCAUCACGCCACAGAAAUGGUCUGCGCUGGCGCCCGAUUUUGGCGAGGUCGAAGAGAACGUGCACCAGCGCCGGUUGGACCUGGAAGAUGAGGAACCGGACGUCAUUACCCCGGAUCCGAGCAAAGUAGACACCGACACUGAUCCGGCCCACGCGUUUGCGAUGCCUGUUCUGAUGGAUGUCUCGGAUAGUGACAGCGGAGAAGACAUCAUUGCUGUUGGGCCGGGGACUAUGCGUCGACGAACGCCCGGUGCUGGGCGCGAUGGGCCUGAGACUGAGGCGGACGCUGCCCCUCGUGGGUCCGGUCGGAGUCGGCGGCGGUAG